UGCGCACUCGCAUGGCAACAAGUGGCUUGUCACUUUGUAACAGAACUGCGGAACGUGGUGCUGACGUCACCGGCCCAGCCAGGUGGCAUUCCGAGAAGAAGAGGCGCGUUCACCUCUCAGUAAACGAAUAGCGGACCCGAGAGGAGCAGUUCAACAUGUCUUCGGCGCAAGUCUCCUCGUCGAGGAGACAGUCGUGUUAUUUGUGUGAUUUGCCGCGCAUGCCGUGGGCUAUGAUUUGGGACUUUACGGAGCCCGUGUGCAGGGGUUGCGUGAACUACGAGGGCGCGGACAGGAUCGAGUUUGUUAUCGAGACAGCACGCCAUCUGAAACGGGCUCAUGGCUUUCAGGAGGGGAGAUCCCCGGGACCUGCGCCUCCGCCUGCAGUUAAGACGCAGACGGGAAUGUCAUCCAAGGAGCAGCUGAAUCAUGUGGACGGCUCGUCUAAACAACAGCAGCAACAGCAGCAGCAGACCGGGAUGGACCGCUACGCACUGAAUACGGAGAGAUCACGGUUUGAUUAUUCCAGCAUCGGCGCGCACAGGCUUCCCAACGGGAUCGGUGGACCAAACGGCUUUCCCAAAUCUGACGAUGGGCCACCCGAAUUGAACAGGCAGAGCCCGAAUUCGCGUCGGAGCCACGGGCUGGUUACGGUGUCGGGUCAGAUGAGCGUGCCGCCAAAUUUGCUUCCGCAGACCCUGCUGAACGGCCCACCGUCGGCGGCGAGCAUAGCCCAGCACAGCCUGACCGGACGAGCACCUCCGGCGUCGGGCAGCAUCGGACCGGGGAUGACACUGUCGGAGCAGGGGAAAAGACCUGGUUCUGUUUCCAGCACGGACCAAGAGAGAGACCUGAAAGAAAAGCAGCGUAACGCAGAAGCUCUGGGUGAACUCGGUGAAAGUUUGAGGAACAGAGCGGAGGACUGGCCAAACAAACCCAAAAUAGUAAGGGACACAUUAAUUACGCUUUCCAAUUGCACCCCGUUUGAUGUGAGGUUCAAGAAAGACCAUUCUCUUAUGGGCAGAGUGUUUGCUUUCGAUGCCAUUUCAAAGCCAGGAAUGGACUAUGAACUAAAAAUAUUCAUUGAAUAUCCCAGUGGAUCUGGUAAUGUGUUUUCCAGCGCGUCUGGUGUAGCUAAACAGAUGUACCAAGACUGCAUGAAAGACUUUGGCAGGGGACUCUCGUCUGGGUUUAAAUAUCUGGAAUAUGAGAAAAAGCACGGCUCUGUUGACUGGAGACUCCUGGGUGAUUUACUACCGGAGUCUGUGCGUUUCUUUAAGGAGGGACUCGGCGGUGAAAUGCUACCCCAGCCUUACAUCGACGCCAGCUGCCCUCCGUUGCCCUCGCCGCUGGUGAACAUGCCCCGGGCUGUGGCAUCGGGCAGCGCGCUCAGAACGGGCGUGCGUAAACGUAAAGCCUCUCCAGAACCGGACUCGGCGGAGAGCGAGCAGCAGAGACAGCAGUGGAUGGCGAGUCAAAGCGAAGCCCUUAAACUAACCAUGGCAUCCGGACCGUUCGCAGCUUCCCACGGCGGACCCCCACCCCUCGGAUCCGUCCACUCCAGCCGAGCCACACCACCCGAAUCCGCCCCCCAGAACGGACAGUCCCCCAUGGCUGCGCUCAUGUCAGUGGCAGACACUUUGGGUAACGCGCACUCACCAAAGGACAGCAACUCCGUGCACUCCACCACGUCGACGCGACACAACAGUAGCAGUCCGGUCUCCCCCGCUUCUGUGUCCGGACAGCGGCGUUUAGCCUCCCGAAACGGGGACAUUGGUCUAGCCGGGACACCUUCCCAAUCCGGUGCGCAUCAGGGCAUGGAUCAGGUGCAUCCUCAGAACAUUCCAGACUCGCCCAUGGCAAAUAGCGGACCCUUGUGUUGUACAAUCUGCCACGAACGUUUAGAAGACACACACUUCGUCCAAUGUCCGUCAGUUCCUAACCAUAAGUUUUGCUUCCCGUGCUCCCGGGAGAGCAUCAAAGCGCAGGGGGCCACGGGAGAGGUGUACUGCCCCAGCGGAGAGAAAUGUCCCCUGGUAGGGUCAAACGUGCCUUGGGCUUUCAUGCAAGGCGAGAUAGCGACCAUUUUAGCUGGAGAUGUCAAAGUAAAGAAGGAAAGAGACCCUUAAGUAUAACUAUAUAUGCUUCCUGCAGCAGAAACAGUCAAGUGAAGCGAGUAUAUUAACGGCUGUGUUUUAAAACCCCGCGAGUUGCCAACUAAACCGCGUAUUCGGGCAUCACAGGUGCGCGCGGCAUUUUUGGGCAUCAUUCAAACUUAAAACGCGCCUGAAGUGAAUAAAGAUGCGGUGUGUGUGUGCAGCUCGCUGGGUUUUAAAGCACAGCUCUAUUUGUUGUGAAUAUUGAAGUUACAGAAAUAGUCCAGUGUACAGAGACAUUUGCGUUUCGCCACGGAGGGGGAGGAGGCGGUGUGCGUGGAAACAUUUUUACGGCACUUUUACGGUUUACGUUAUAACGUUUCUAUUCGAUUUCAUACUCGUUUCCACAUCUUCAUGUACAAUCCCAAGCAAAAAUAAAAUUUUUAACGAAUACACUUUUGUGGUAGGUGUAACAAACGAAGUGAGUCUAAGAGAGGGCGUUUGUUGUUUUUUGAUCUUGUCAUUUUUUUAGUAUGAUCUUUAAAACAGCGAUUUUUAAUUUGUAUCCCGUGGUCUGAGAAUACAGAUAUAUUUUAUUACGUGAUUUCAUUCUCUCUUUUUGCUUUGAAGUUGCACGGACGCUUUAGUAGAGCUGAAAAUACUGUACAUGAAAAAAAGAAAAGCUCUGUUUGUUUAUACAUAUUUCUGUAGUAACAGAAGACUUGUAAUGUGCCUUGGAGCGGAGUAAAUUGUAAUAAAUUCAUUGAUAUUAACUCUUUGUGGCGUGUUAAUUUGUUGAGGUAGAAGGAAAUAUUACUCUUAUAUUUAUUGUAAAGUUGACUUAUUAUUUGUUCAUUAAACCAGAAUAAUGUUUGCA